CCCUCAGUGAGGCGCCGGCAACCGACAACGGAUCCAUCCGAAGUACGCGGAGAACGAAGAGGUUUGGGAAGAAAAGCAAGGAAAGGCAUCCGUUUUUACGGGACUCGCCCAAAAAAAAAAAAAAGGCUCGUAAGGAAUGAGGCGGGAGCGACCGCGGCGUUAACUCUAUAGUCAGCCGCCCCAAUCCGUGUUUUGUUUUUUUGUGGGUUUUUUUGUUUUUGUUUUUUUUCCGGAAAGCUGUCAUGGCGGCGGAGAUGCGAAAAGACCGUUACGUGACCAGAAAAGAGGCCUGGGGAGCGACAGGUGCUGUCACGUGAGAGGCUAGGGUGUGUGUCCGUGGGCCGAAUAGAAAAGGAGGAGCCGUGGAGGCGACAGCACAAACACGAUAUAGUCGCCCUAACGUCAUCAUGGCAACAUCAUCUGAAGAAGUGUUAUUAAUAGUGAAGAAAGUGCGUCAAAAGAAACAGGAUGGUGCUCUUUAUCUCAUGGCUGAAAGAAUAGCUUGGGCACCUGAGGGCAAAGACCGGUUCACUAUCAGCCAUAUGUAUGCAGAUAUAAAAUGUCAGAAAAUCAGUCCUGAAGGAAAAGCUAAGAUUCAGCUUCAGUUGGUAUUGCAUGCAGGAGACACAACUAACUUCCAUUUUUCUAAUGAAAGUACAGCAGUAAAAGAACGUGAUGCAGUUAAAGAUCUUCUUCAACAGCUACUACCAAAGUUCAAGAGGAAAGCCAAUAAGGAAUUAGAGGAAAAAAACCGAAUGUUGCAAGAAGACCCUGUUUUGUUUCAGCUUUAUAAAGACCUCGUUGUAAGUCAGGUGAUUAGUGCUGAGGAAUUCUGGGCCAACCGUUUAAAUCUGAAUGCUUCAGAUAAUUCUGCAGCACCUAACAAGCAAGAUGUUGGCAUUUCUGCUGCUUUUCUGGCUGAUGUUAGACCUCAAACAGAUGGAUGCAAUGGAUUAAGAUAUAAUUUGACUUCAGAUAUCAUUGAAUCAAUAUUUAGGACUUAUCCGGCAGUAAAACUUAAAUAUGCAGAAAACGUUCCACACAAUAUGACAGAAAAAGAAUUCUGGACACGAUUCUUCCAGUCUCACUAUUUCCAUAGAGAUAGAUUGAAUGCAGGAUCAAAGGACCUUUUUUCAGAAUGUGCCAAAAUGGAUGAAAAAGGGUUAAAAGCAAUGGUCUGUCAAGGAGUGAAAAAUCCUUUAUUAGAUUUAACUGCCUUGGAAGAUAAAUCAUUGGAUGAAGGUUACGGUGUAUCCUUAGCACCAUCCACAUCCAACUCUACAAAAUCAAUAAAGGAAAGUAGCAAUGCAGCUAUUAUAAAACGCUUUAAUCAUCAUAGUGCCAUGGUCCUUGCAGCUGGGCUCAGAAAACCAGAAGCACAAAAUGAUCACUAUAAUGAGACCAGCAGUAUGGAUGGAAACUCGAGGGAUUCAGAUAUCUUCCAGCCACCAGUAAAAAAGGCAAAGCUGCAAGAAUCUAUUGAAUAUGAAGAUUUAGAACACAACAACAGCAUUAAAACUAUUGCACUAAAUCUAAAAAAAUCAGAUAGGUAUUACCAUGGUCCAACACCAAUUCAGUCACAGCAAUAUGCAACGAGCCAUGAUAUUAUUAAUUCUUUGUGUAGUAUUAGAGAAGAAAUGGAAGGCUAUGCACCCAAAUUAACUCAGGUUCUCUCAAGUGGUGCUGCCAGUAGUACUAUCACAGCCCUGUCACCUGGAGGAGCACUUAUGCAGGGUGGAACACAGCAAGCCAUAAAUCAGAUGUUGCCAAAUGAUGUUCAGUCUGAACUGAAGCACUUAUAUGUUGCAGUGGGAGAAUUACUACGACACUUCUGGUCCUGUUUUCCUGUUAAUACACCAUUCCUGGAAGAAAAAGUUGUAAAAAUGCAGAGUAAUUUGGAAAGAUUUCAAGUUACAAAACUCUGCCCAUUCCAAGAAAAAAUUCGAAAGCAGUAUUUAAGCACAAAUCUGGUAAAUCACAUAGAAGAGAUGCUCCAAACAGCCUACAAUAAAUUCCAUACAUGGCAGUCCCGACGUAUGUUGAAAAAAACGUGAAGACCACAGUGUUUUCCAACAGGGGACAAAUUUGCAAUAGCUGUAGGAGCCACAACUAAUAACUGUGUGUAGAUCUUACAGAAAUUGCAGGGGAUGUCAGCAUCAUAAAGACUCUUUAAAAUGAUGCUAACUGAGCUUGCACCUUUUGGGAAGAACAGAGGUUAAACUUGAAAACAAAGGAGUUUAAAGGAACCAAAUCAGAAAAGCUAAGUGGCAAACACAUACACACACACACACAGACAGACACUGUUUACUGCAGUUACUCAGGAACUGCUUUUGAUUUUCAUAAGAGCUGCUUUCAGAAAUAAAAACUUUAAGAGAUAUGUAUUAAUAAACUUCAAGGUUGUUCAUCUAAUUUUUUAAAAUGUAUGGCACAGGGUAGAACGUAAUAUUUCUGUUAAUGCUGUUUCCUAGCAUUUUACUGAUUUCUGUUUGCAUUUCUAGAAAUAAGUUUAAAAUUUUACACAGAUUAACUAUUUCAAGUUCUUAAGGAACCUACAUGCAAGAGGACAAGUUUUUGUCAUGGUUUCCUUAUAAAAUCAGUCAAUGCACAGAAAUACUUAGUGUUUGACGGAGACAUACUUGCAGACAGUGCAGAAUUUUCACCAGCCAUUGUUUGCAUGUUUUCUUUGGAAGGUGAGUGUGCUACUGCAUUUUUGUUUUGUUUUUUAGCUUCGUUUGGAGGUAAGAAAGUCAUUUGUAAUGUAAGUGUAAGCACUUACGAAAAUAAUAACUUUUAUACUUUUCACAAAACAAUCUUAAAUGUGCUUUCUUCAGUUCUUUCUUGACAACUGUUAGCGCUGUAUUUGGCGACUAGAUAAUCAUUGAAGAGUGAAUAUCCCAUAUCUUUAAAUAUAUUGGGAAUCCUUACAACAUUUAGAUACAAAAGAGAGGCAGAUUACUCUUACCUAAAAUGUACCUGCCAUGUAUUAAGUACUUGACUUACUAAAGCAAAAGUAAACUUGUUUUGCAUAAUCUGUGGAGUCAGACUCCUUAUAUUUGUUGUCUUAAUGUCUUCCUCAUUAACAAUUCAUUCUUGGACCAAGCAAAUGGCUUAGUUUAUAUGUAAUAAGAUGUAUCAAAAUGAUGAGCCAGAGGCUGAUGAUUGCAUAAACAAUUUUAUUGGCAGACGUUGGAAACAUGGGACCCUUCUGUUAUAUCCAUGCCCCUCUCCAUUAAAGAAUACUAGAACUAUAUUACUAAUUUACAGUGGAUUGAGAUGGUGGGUUGCUACCUUAUCUCUACACUGUAGCACUGAUCAGUUUGUGAGCUGCAAGAGUUACUUAACUCCUUAUAUAAGAGCAUGUACUUGUAUACAUGCUCUUGGUUUAUGCCAGUGAUUUUGAUAGAUUGCAAGAAGUAAAACAUUUUAAGCAGCUACUAGUCUGUAUUAUGGGGUAGAUUUAAGGCAUUAAUUUUAAAUUUGCUACUACUUUUGUUUUCAGGGAAGCUGCAUGGUAUGUACUACAAAAUGAUACUUUCAUCCACUUACCCUUUUGGGGUGGAAAAAAGUCCCUUUGUAUUUUACUUCAGUUGUCCCAGUUAAAAUGAUUUGUGAAAAGCUGAAAUUAAUCAUGAAAAAUAAAGAACUGAUGCUGCUAUGGGAAUAUCAUCUUGCUGAAAUAUGAUUCUGAUGGUAUAUGAUUACUUAAAUUUAUUUGGAUAAGUUAAUUUUUGGUGUCCUUGUCAUUAUGCUCAGUUACAGAUGUUACAAGCAAAUCUCAAACAUCAAUUCCGCAACAAAGAGCAAAUUUGAAACAGAUUCUAGAGCAAACAUGUUAUGAUUGAGGCUGAGAGCUAGACUGACUUUUACAAACAAAUUCCAGAUCAUGUUAGAUCUGUGAAGACAUACAUUUGCACUGAUAGUUCUUUGAGCAAUAAUUAAAUGAUGCAAGCUAUAAAUGUGGGGUUAAUCAAAACUUGCUUAGGCAGAUAACUAGAUUUAUAGUCAUUUAGCAGAAUAGAAUAGUAUAGAAUUCUUUAUUGGCCAAGUGUGACUGGACGCAAGGAAUUUGUCUUGGUGCAUAUGCUCUAUCUUCUUCCUGGUCUUUUAUUUAAAUAUAUAGGCUUUGAAGAAUAAGUACAGUUGCAAAAAUUCUAAUUUUUUAGCUAUAUUAUUCAACAAAUAAGAACCAUUAGAUUAUGGUAACUACUUUGCACUCUAUUUAUAGACAGCUCUUUUCUACAUUUCCGAUCUUACUGAUCCCAUUUCUGCUGAAGCAUGGUCCAAAACAGAUAAGUGAUUUGAUUAUUAACUCCGAAAUGUCUUUUGCUAACCAUACAAGCAUUGAAAUCUGAACUUAUAUUUAACAGAAAAUCAUAUAACUUGUGUCACUGGCAUUGAUAAAAACUGUAGAAUAAAUCUCAAUUCUCUACUCAAGUGUUUGCUGGUGAUUUAGGACGUAUUUUAUGAUUUUCCUUACAUACAAAGCUCUAAACUCAUGUAUCUGUUAGUGUUUUAUGCACCUGAACAUUUUAGAAAGCUGAUUGUUUCUAAUAUAUUGAUUCAUAACUGAUUUUCAAAUUUCAGUCUGCAAAAAAAAGGUUAAGAAUCUAUUUCUUGAACUUUUCUAUUUUCUGACUACUACUUUAGAUUUAAAAAAUAACAUUGCAUUGGCAAUCACAAGAACUAGUUAAAUAUUGUUAUAUCAGAAGAAAUAUUUUUCACUUUUUUUAGCUAUGACAUUCCUUAGGGAGAGACAUUCUGUGACUUGGAAUAUUUGAGAUAGGAAAGUACCACUAAUACACAGAAGCUGCCUACUUUAUUGCUCCAUCUGCCCUUGAGUAUUCGACUGAUGUGGCUCCCAUCCUACUGGUAUUCUGUAAAGAGAUUGAGGGCAAAAAAAGAAAGGGACGACAGAGAAUGAGGUGGCUGGAUGGAGUCACUGAAGCAGUCGGUGUGAGUUUAAAUGGACUCCAGAGGAUGGUAGAGGACAGGAAGGCCUAGAGGAACGUCGUCCAUGGGGUCGCAAUGGGUUGGACACGACUUCGCAACUAACAACAACAACAAAAGACUCAGUUCUAGACCUCGGGACAAGGUGGAUGUGGUGUGAAUGUGUGUAUUUCUAUCUAUACAUUGUGCCUGGAUUCCAUUUUGCUUUAAUUUCUAUUCUUUUGCCGCCAGGACUGCUUGACCUGACAAAAAAAGUGCCCUUGAUAGAUUUUGCAUGCCUUCCUGAAAACAGCCUAUUCUGAGAAGAUACUAAGAGGCAUUUAUAUUCUCUUAUCUAAACCACAGACUUUAAAUAGGCACCAGGAAGUCAUCAUAAGACCCUCUUCCACAAAGGUUAAUCUCUUAACAAUGUGAAACUUUUUUUAAGGACUAAAAAGCUAGAUAAAAGGAGGUGGGAAUUGCCCUAUAAAGUGCAAGGCAUGGGAGUUGAAGACUUCCUGCUAAAAUAAAAGGGAUAAAUUAUGCCAUAGCCUUAGCAUAAUCAUGAAUCAGCCUGAAAUUAUGACUCAUUGUGGCUGUUUUUACUUUCUUUGGGAAAGUAAAGUGGGAAGUGAAAGGAAUCAUACAACAGAUAGAAUACCAAUCAUAGUUUUGUAGAUGAAUAUAAUUGAUUCAGUCUUCAUUAAUUUGUUCUUGUGUUCAUUAGAUCCAUUCAUUACUAUGUAUGCAUCUUUUUUCAAGGAACUUGAUGUACCACCUUCAAUUUAUCUACAUAGCAAUCUUAGGGCCGACAACUUAAUGGAAUCCAACCAGGUUACUUCCACAAAUAUAUUUGGUUGGCCAAGAAUGCUAGAUGGUUGUUGAGUUUUUCAAAGUAGGCUGUAUAAUUUUUGUUGACAGCCAUUAAUGUCGUGAUUUAUUUCUUGUUCCAAUGAAGAAACUUGGACCCAAAGAAUAACUAAAUACAAAACAAAGUAUGUCUGAUGACAUUUGGCUUGUUCCAGGCAUCAGAGGAUUCAUCUCGGGAGUAAUGCAAACUUAACUACCUGCUUGUGAUAAAUGCUUCAAAAAAAAUACCAACAGA